UAUGAAUAUAGGUUGGUAGAGGAAAAAAUUAUAUUUAAGGUUGUUAUAUAUUGCUCUGAUUUUGUGGCUAAAGUAUUGACAUAUAUAUAGGUUGCCGAAUGAAUAGAUCUGUUAAUAUAUUGCUAAUCUAUGUUUUCAUAUAACAGGACACAAAUAAAGAUGCAGAUUUCAAGCUCAACUGGAAGCGAGUAGCUAUCACAGGUAUGUUUAGACUUGGUUUUGUCGGUAAUGUUGGCCACUUCUGGUUUCUUUCCUGCUUCUUUCAUAAUCAUUUAGCUAUAAAUCCCCAUGUUUGCAUCUCACCUAAUCCAGCAAAACUGUUUCCAUUGGAAGAUAAUUUUGGAGUAGGAAUGAUCAAAAAAUAACGGCUGGAUUUGAUGUUGGAGCGGAGCACCUUUAAUAGGAGAUUGAUUUUUACAGGGAUUCUUUGAAGAAACCCCCUCCCUCGAAAGAAGAGAGACAAGAGUCGGUGCAACUUCGUCGGGUUGUGGAAGCCCAGUUACUGGCCCACUACUGCAGGCCAUAAAAUCAAAUGACUUGUUGCGCUUGUCAAAAUACGGAGUAUGUCUCUAUCUCUGCGGUUAUUUCUGACUUUGAUGUUUGUUUGUUUGUUUUUGAGUCGCUUUUAAUGCGAUGAUAGACUCGAUAGAAUUCUAACUUUGGUAUGCUCAUUUUGUUAAAAAGUCUACACUCUGCUAUCGAAAUAUGAUGAGACCUGAUGAGUUUGUCAGCAACUCCUACUUUUUUUUUUCUUUUGUUUUGCCGAGUGUACCCACAGAAUUGAGUUAAUAAUGGCUAAGAACAUGCCUGUAGCCAUAAAGAGAUAGUUCCGCUAGGAUGUGAUGAUCACAAGUAUUGUUCCAGGAGUUUUCUGUGUUGAUGCUGAUUUCAAGCUAGUUUCCUCCACGGUCAUUUCUUCAGGAACGUCGUCGAACUAUGAGUCUAUUUGAUGUUCACUAUAAAUUAAUGCAAACAUGGACGAAAGAAGGAAAACCCUUAACUAGUACACUUGUUUUGAACCAAUCUAAAGCUUUCCAAUUAGGUAUUGUUUUAAAAUGGAUGGAGAGAUUAUUGAGGGAUGACAUAACAUGUAAAACUCACCAACCCCACUAAGCCUUUUUCUAUGAAAAGCCUACACUUGUCACAAACACUCAACGUUUGUAUUAUUGGACUUGAUAUGUCAACUGUUCAGUGACGUCAUCGGUUAUGUGUGUGUUCGUGACGAGUCCUUUAACAUGAGAAUUGUCCAAACAACCAUAAUUAGCGACUUAGCGUCAGUAGACUAGUAUAACCAACCAAGAAACUAACCAAGACAUGAAAUACCGAUUAUCUCAAAAAGCUAUUUGUGUCGAGCAGUAAUGAUUUUUAUAAACUUUCCUGUGGAUUGAAUCCAUGAGCGGAACUCGACUGCCCCUGAUUAAAUAUCAUUCCAAAAGGUUACAAAGAGAAUAUUUCUAGGAAGGUAGGGAACUAGAAAUAUCAUUUAAGUGGACUACAACCAAACCAACAACAAAAAGGGUUUUAAUAUGAAGUACUUUUAUAUAAAGACAUAGCAUCCUUUUUGUCGUUAUCUUCUCCUACAUUAUAAUAACGAUCGUUUUCAAAUAAAAUCAUGGCUGCCACCCAAUGUGUUAUCUUAUUGACACAUCUCACAUCCCUAAAUUAUUAUAUACACAAUUAAGAGAAAGUGUUACGUUACGUGGUGUGUUUAUCUUAAUUUGAACAUCAAAGAUAGAAAUAUUUCAUGAAAUAUUUUGUUCAAUGUAUGAAUUAGAGCACGUAAUGAUAUUAUAAAGUUUGCCAUAUAUUUCUAUGUAAUAGUAGAUUAACAGAAACGUGUGUAUCUAGAGGGGGUUUUACCGUUCAAAAUACCAUUUGUGCAUGGAAGAAAAAUUCAUUGGUAAUACAACCAGCUGAUCAAACUCAAAUAUCCUUCAAAUGUUAAUUAUGUUUACUUGAUCCUAAUUCGAAUAGCAUGAAAUAUAAACAUUUUAGCAAUAAUUAUCAAAACCGGUUUAUGUUUAUCAACUGAAAAAACAUAGUUAUCCUAUACAUAUAUUAAUACUAAAUAGCUAGUAGUGGAAGAAAACCAAUGAAACCUUUGUGAUUCCAAAAAACAGCACACUCAUCAUAUUCUAUAGAAUUCUUUCAUUCACUGCACCAAACAACUAAUCAAAAAUCAAUCUAUUAAAGAUUAGGUGUAAUGAACUUUCGUUUUGCAGGCACAACUUGUUAGACCCAAAAGCUAUAUACCCCCACCAUUGUAUAUUGCACUAUGUAUUUUGGAUAUUUACUUACUCAGUUUUUUCUGAUGAUUAAAUUAUAUAUACAUAAUUUUCUACACUGAUUUUCAAAAUGUAGAAUAUGGUAUACGUACACACGGUAUUUAGUUAUCUACAAUGGUUAAAGGCGAGAAUGCAUCAACCACAUAAUAGUAGCAUAUGUGUUAUUAUCCUACUGGUCGAGGCCAUGAAUAAUUUUUCAACAUAUCCAUCUCUUUUUCUCUUCUCACUUCAAAAACAGUUUCAGGUCCAUUGUCUUUGAAUGUAAGUUUAUGAAAUGCCGCCACAAAAACAUAUGCGAAAACGUGUUUAGGCAAGCACAUAAUUACUAGAGUCGUGGCUUGUGUCCAUGGAGCCAUCAUAUCUGCAUUGAGCGAAAAAAUAUCUUUGAUGAGAUCAGUAUGACCAUAACUCCAUAAGUAAAACGAGAAUGAAAAUGUCAAGACAAUGUAAUUUCUAUCAAUAAUGAGAUAACUUGGUUUUUGAAAAUAAACUAAUAUAGCUUACUUUUCUAAUUUUCUUGUUUAGUAAUCAUGAGAUCAGAAAAUUGUAUAAUCAAAUAUAUGUAACUUAACUUUUCAUUAUAUGUAUCUUUACUCAUUUCACUGCAAAACUUAUACGAUAGGUAAAUUUAUACGAUAUGUGAUUCCCCAAUUAUAAGAAAAAUGAUAGUGACAUUGAAACUAGGUUCAGGUCACGACCAACCUCUUACCUCCCCAACUUCUUACUUGGGUAGUGCAAGUACGCGUUCUAGCUAAAAUAUAAAUUUGAGAUAGCUUUUUGCCAAGUGGAAAGAAAAGAAUAGUAACGAUGCUCGAUCCAAUGUUUAUAAUAUUUUUAUAACCACUCUACCUUCAACUAUAAAUACCAUAUUAGACUUCUCCUCUACCAUCACUUUUGUAACACUAAUCUAUUUUCCCAAACCACUUUUAAAAUAGUCUUGCAAUAGUUACAUAUAACAAUAUGAAGAAGCCUCACGUUUUGCUUCUUCUGCUUGUUCAAGUCAUUGUCCUUUUACCUCUUCUUUGUUUAUCUGAUGACUUUGUUAGCUCUAGAGCUACUUAUUAUGGCAGCCCCGAUUGCAAAGGAAAUCCUCGAGGAGCAUGUGGGUAUGGAGAACUUGGAAGAGAUAUCAAUGAUGGUGAAGUGAGUGGUGUUUCAUCGCGACUAUGGAAAAAUGGAGCCGGCUGUGGUGCUUGUUACCAGGUGAGAUGCAAAAUACCUCCACACUGCAAUGAGGAAGGAGUAUACGUAGUGGCUACGGACUACGGUGAAGGAGAUGGUACGGACUUCAUAUUUAGCCCUAAGGCGUAUGGACGUAUGGCGCGACCCGGCACAGAGUUUCAGCUCUACUCUUUUGGUGUGGUUGACGUUGAAUACCAAAGGGUCCCUUGCCGGUACGGAGGGUAUAACCUGGUGUAUAAGAUCCAUGAGAAAAGCUAUAAUCCUCAUUAUCUUGCUAUCCUUAUCUUGUACGUUGGUGGUGUCAACGACAUCCUCGCCGUUGAAGUCUGGCAGGAGGAUUGCAAAGAGUGGAAACGCAUGAGAAGAGUGUUUGGAGCGGUUCAUGAUUAUCAGAAUCCACCAAGAGGCACUCUCUCUUUGAGGUUUUUGGUCUAUGGAAGCGCCGGUCUCAAUUGGGUCGAAUCGCAGAACCCUCUUCCAGCAGACUGGACAGCAGGAGCCACUUACAACUCCAACAUUCUACUUACUUGAUUCCCCUUUUCUCGUCUCUUUGUCGAUAGUGUGUUUAUAUAAAUAUGUAUGGUUUUCUCUAUGUAAUGGCUAGCUAUAUACAUCAUUAAAUAAUGCUCUCUAGACUAAGGAUAAUCAUUGUAGAUUCAUAUAACUAUGUAAUGUGUGUAGUCAAGAAGAUUGUAAGGAUUUGUAAGGUUUUGGUUGGUGGAAAAUCAAAUAAUGAUAAAACUUAAUUAAAAAUUUUAUAUGCUCAUUUUAACAUACAUCACGAUCAUAUUGGCCAGUCAAUCAAGAUAACUUCUAUCAUGGUCAGUCGAUCAAAUACAUCAUGAUAUCAUGUUUUUCUCUAGGUUUCUUGAUAUGAUUCUGAUGCGCUAAGCUUGAAUUUUUCGGUGGAUUUUUGAGAGCCUAUGAACUCCAACAAUGCCAUUAAGCUUUCAAGUAUACACGAAUUUGAAACCUAUGCACUUCAGUCUUCAGCAUUGGGAGGUGUUUAGUUUCUAAUUACGUAUUGAUAAUACUAGUAAGAUGGAAGUAAUGUGUAAAUAAAAUAUCUUCCAGCGAGGCUAAUACAAUGGAAAAUGGUAGGGGUGAUUGAAAAAGACAGUCAUGUGAGCGUCUCUUUCUUUUUAGCUGUCCUCUUGGGUCGGACUUAUCCCUAUUCCCUACAAUUUUAUCCGCUUCUCAUUUUCAUAAUUCUUCCAUUCUCAAAUUCAACAUAACAUUUAAAAAAUCAUUUUUUUUUUCUUAAAAGUCAGAUUACAUUUAUGGAUUCAUCUAUACAAAAAUAAAAAAAUGUAAUAGGAAAUUCCAAGACCACAGCCUCUUGUUCCUUAUAGAUAUGCGAUGCUUACCAAUGAAAUACAGCUUGCAAUUUUAGCAUUUUCCUUGGUUCGUAACUAUUAUUUCUAGUAAGGAAAAGUAAUAUUCUUGUUAACAUGUCUCAGUAACGUUUCUUAUUUGUUAAAGUUAAUUAUCUCGAGUGUGUAUACAUACAUACAGACAAACGUUUAUCUCUUUUAUCUAUUUUCUUGUGAUCAUAUACGUUGAUAUCAUCGACUAACCACGAGAUAUAUAUUGAUAAUAUUGUCUGUAGUCCUCGCGACAAUAUUUAUGUCUGAUGAGUUACGCUAAGAGCCCAAGAUGUAAGAACCCAAUGGUGUGUGGAAAUUUGGAUAGACCAUAUGAGUUAACAUCACAUACACCAACUAGAGUCAACGAUAGAUUGAUAAAGCAAACAAAUGUCUGAAUCGUACAUAUCAAACACAAACUCAAAUAUUAUAAAACGAUGAAAACUAAUGGCUCGAAAAAUAGUGAAAGUAAAUUACACGAAAACGAUGGGGACCAGUUCAAUAAUAAUCUCAAACAAGGAGCAAAUGGGCUGCAACAAGGAAAGAAA